GAAUAAAUACACUUUCAAUCGGAGGACAUCGCCAAUCUUUUCUCUUGGAGCUAAUCUAUCAUAAACAAACAGAGAUCUAUUAAGCUGUUAAACUGAAUCGAAGAUGUUUCUAACCAGGACCGAGUAUGAUAGGGGUGUUAACACCUUCUCUCCAGAAGGCCGGUUAUUUCAGGUUGAAUAUGCCAUUGAAGCCAUCAAGUUGGGUUCAACAGCCAUUGGUUUGAAGACCAAGGAAGGGGUCGUUCUUGCUGUUGAAAAGCGUAUUACCUCACCACUUCUGGAACCUAGUAGUGUUGAGAAAAUUAUGGAAAUUGAUGAGCAUAUUGGCUGUGCCAUGAGUGGAUUAAUUGCAGAUGCCCGCACACUCGUUGAACAUGCACGUGUUGAGACCCAGAAUCAUAGGUUUUCGUAUGGUGAGCCAAUGACUGUUGAGUCCACUACCCAAGCCCUGUGUGAUCUGGCCCUGCGAUUUGGUGAAGGAGAUGAAGAAUCUAUGUCUCGGCCUUUUGGGGUAUCUCUUCUUAUUGCUGGCCAUGAUGAAAAUGGUCCUAGUCUAUACUAUACAGAUCCAUCGGGCACAUUUUGGCAAUGCAAUGGGAAAGCUAUAGGCUCAGGCUCUGAAGGUGCUGACAGCUCUCUGCAGGAGCAAUAUAACAAGGACUUGACGCUAAAAGAAGCUGAAAUAAUUGCUCUUUCCAUUUUGAAGCAAGUUAUGGAAGAAAAGGUAACCCCCAAUAAUGUGGAUAUUGCGAAGGUUGCUCCUACUUAUCACUUGUACACCCCGGCAGAAGUUGAAGCUGUCAUCAGUCGCCUAUGAAAUGCGAAUAAGUUGUAGACGGGCUUUGUUUGGUUUCCUUGAACAUGUAUUUUGUACUAAAUUGCUUAGAUAUUAUUCUGUUUCCGCGUCAAGUAUGAUAUUUGAACACAAGAUCCUAUUUAUGUUGACAAAAUCAUGGAUUAAGUUUUUAAAAAAUGUUUCUUUCUAAACAGC